GAGAGAGAGAGAGAGAGAGAGAGAGAGAGAGAGAGAGAGAGAGAGAGAGAGAGAGAGAGAGAGAGAGAGAGAGAGAGAGAGAAAAUUUGGUCCAAGGAAUAGCUGCACGAAGCUGGGAAAAUAUGACAACCAUGACCGCCACGGCGACCAGUGAUAUCCCUAUCAUUUUUCCACCAUCUUCUUUCUCAUCAACCCCCUCUGUUACUCGAAAAAGUGGCAGGAGAAUCCGAUUCAGAAGAUCAUCGAGAGUUUGUCUCCCUACUCUCAUAGGCUGGUUUCUCACAGUUUGCUUAUGCGUCAUCGCUCCUCAAGGUUCUGGGCACAAUAACAUUGUUUUGAGAUGGAUCUCCCUUGGAGCUUUGCCCACCUCCUCACUUGUGCUCGGACAUUCUGGUCCAUUAACCUUCCCAAGUUAUGGACACCUCUACGCCGAAGGAGGAGAAGCAUCACUAUCAGUGCCAUCCCCUUUAGCAAAUCUAGAAAAUGGCGAACAGGUCCGGCAAGGAGUCGGUGUAAACUUUGGGAUCCGAUUCUCUAGCAAUCCGCUGCCUUUCUACAAGGUCGUGGAGAUUUUGAAGGCCUCAAAGGCAAAUGCUGUGAAGAUUUUUCACCACUCUCCUGAGUUCUUGGAGGCAUUAGCAGGAGUCGAUAUUGACGUUGUUACCGGCAUUGAGCUCAGAUACCUUGCCGCAUUUGCCGCCGAUGUUGAAGCCGCAAAAGCCUAUGUUGCUGCUUCGAUCGUGCCUUUUGUCCCGCGGGUGCGAAUAAGGUCCAUCAUGGAGCAUGAACUGCUCGAGCACUUCCAGCCGCCCAUCUCGGACGCUCUUCUGCGGAACCGGUUCAACGACGAUCGGCAGUUGCGCUUUGACAUUCAACGGGUGAACGUGUCGGCACCCAACGUUGCUGACUUGGCGGUGUACUCGCUCCUUGCGCAACGUGUGACGUACGCGGGUGUCUAUGUGGACAUAUCGCCAGUGCCUGGUCAGGAGUCCACGGGAGUGUUCAUCGAGUUCCGAGCCAUCCAAGUGGCAACGAACUUCGUGCACAGUAUCGCUACUUUCAUCGAGGAUUUAACCGUCUUGCCAGGGCACGAUCGGGAGCCGGCGUACAGGUUCUUGCGCGACUACGCCCUCCAGGUGGCUAGAUCGGUGGCGCGAGUGCAGGCGAGGGGCACUCAUCGCUUCACCACAUACGAAGGACUUCUGCGGCGAGCUCCGGAGGGAGCACUUGCAUUGCUCCCCUAUCCUAUGCGCAACUUCCUGGAGUACCUGGUGGAGUUGACGGACGUUGAGCAGUUGCCGCCCGCUGACAAGGACGCGUGGGAACUGCAUCAGGCACUGUAUUCGUCGGUGGUUUUGGGCAUGUUUACAUUCUUCGUGGAGCACGAAAUCCAUAACAUCGGCGAGUUUCUGGACAUAUACUACGUAAUUACCAAGCCGAAGCCGGAGCGGAAGGAGGGAACGGUGGCGCUUUACCUUUUCGGAAGGAUCGGAACGAAUCGGUCGGGGCUCUUGCAGCUCAUCCACAUCGAGCUGCUGUCCAUUGCGCAGGUAAUCGCCGCCGACGAAGAAGACCUGCAGCUUAGACUGCGGACUGCCUCCGCCCCGUGCAGAACGUAUAACGCAGCAGUGAGACCUGAUUACCUGGCACGCGAGGGAGAGUCUGUGGUGGACUUCGGGCGCAAAGACAGGCCGUUGCGGCCUCCAUCAUCGUAUCCGAAGCCGACGGCCUUGAAGGCACCGAGAAAGAAGACCGUCCCGAAGCGGUGGCGAAGUCCAUCGCCAGAAGCUCAAGGCAGUCGGGUGGGGCCUGUUGAGGAGUUUGCCCAGCCUGCGCCGGUGCGCAGGGUCGAUCCGGUUCUUGAGAGAAGCGCCACCCUCAUCAUCGGACCCCGGCCGGGGGAGGACCGCGGAGAUCCAGAGGCCAUCAGGAGUCGGCGCCUCACCGGCCCCGCCUCCCCGAUCUCAAUAGCAAUGGAGCCGGGCCGUAAGGAGCAGGACGGGGAUUGGGACGAGUUCCAUAUCCCGCAUCCAGACCCCCCCUCCUCGCAGGACCGUUCCGAUUUCGCCACCCCCCCGGGAUACCCCGGUCAUUGAUAUUAGCAGUUCCCCCGAACCGGACGGUCCAUCAGACCGACGUCG